AUGUCAGAGCCCGGGCGGUGGGGCGGUGAUGUCAGGGCUGGUGCUGAUGCUGGCGGCGCAGUGCAUUGUGGGCAGCUCCCCGCUCCGUCGCCGCCGCCGCCGCCGCUGCCGCGGGAGGAAGAUCGGGGUCGGGCCGGGCCGGGCCGGGAUGGUCGGGGUCGGGAGGCCGCCGCAGCCGCUGCCGCUGCAGCCACCACCACUGCCAGGGGGAGCGGGCUGCGCCAAGCCGCACUGAGCCGCCCCCGCCCCCGCCCCGCCCGGGCCCCGGGGGAUGCGCCGCCCGGAGCCGCUGCAGCCGCAGCCGCAGCGGAGACAGAGCAGGUAGAUGGCCCAAACCAGGCAGGUGCCACCGAAACCCCUCCCUCUGGCUGGCGGAUGCAGUGCCUAGCGGCUGCCCUCAGGGAAGAGGCCAACAUGAGUGGGGGAGGGGAGCAGGCCGACAUCCUGCCGGCCAACUACGUGGUCAAGGAGCGCUGGAAAGUGCUAAAGAAGAUCGGGGGCGGGGGCUUUGGAGAGAUCUACGAGGCCAUGGACCUGUUGACCCGGGAGAACGUGGCCCUGAAGGUCGAGUCUGCCCAGCAGCCCAAGCAGGUCCUCAAGAUGGAAGUGGCGGUGCUGAAGAAACUGCAAGGGAAGGACCAUGUUUGCCGGUUUAUUGGCUGUGGCAGGAAUGAGAAGUUCAAUUAUGUGGUAAUGCAACUCCAGGGCCGCAACCUGGCAGACCUGCGCCGCAGCCAGCCCCGGGGCACCUUCACCCUGAGCACUACGUUGAGGCUAGGCAAGCAGAUCCUGGAGUCCAUCGAGGCCAUCCAUUCUGUGGGAUUCCUUCACCGGGACAUCAAGCCUUCGAAUUUUGCCAUGGGCCGCCUGCCCUCCACCUACAGGAAGUGCUACAUGCUGGACUUCGGGCUAGCACGACAAUACACCAACACCACGGGGGAGGUCCGACCUCCUCGGAAUGUAGCUGGGUUCCGGGGGACAGUUCGAUAUGCUUCAGUCAAUGCCCAUAAAAACCGGGAGAUGGGCCGCCAUGAUGACCUGUGGUCUCUCUUCUACAUGCUGGUGGAAUUUGCUGUAGGCCAGCUUCCUUGGCGCAAGAUCAAGGACAAGGAGCAGGUGGGGAUGAUCAAGGAGAAGUAUGAACACCGGAUGCUGCUGAAACACAUGCCGUCAGAGUUCCAUCUCUUCCUGGAUCACAUUGCUAACCUCGACUAUUUCACCAAGCCUGAUUACCAGCUGAUCAUGUCAGUGUUUGAGAACAGCAUGAAGGAACGAGGCAUCACUGAGAAUGAGGCCUUCGACUGGGAAAAGGCAGGGACUGAUGUCCUCCUUUCCACCAGCACGUCUACCCCACCACAGCAGAACACUCGACAGACAGCAGCAAUGUUUGGGGUGGUGAAUGUGACCCCUGUGCCUGGGGACCUGCUGAGGGAGAACACAGAGGACGUUUUGCAGGGCGAGCAUCUGAGUGACCAGGAAAAUGCACCCCCUCUUCUACCUGGGCGGCCCCUGGAGGGGCUGGGCCCCAUCCCUCAUCCCACUUCCCAUCCUGGGGUUCCUGAAGCUGAGGUCUGGGAGGAGACUGACGUGAACCGAAACAAGCUCAGGAUUAACAUCAGCAAAACACAGUGUGUGGUGGAGGAGGAUCAGAGCCGUGGAGUGGGGGUCCCCAGCUCCCCAGUACGUGCACCCCCAGACUCCCCAACCACCCCUGUUCGCUCCCUGCGCUAUCGAAGGGUCAACAGCCCUGAGUCUGAGCGACUAUCCACAGCUGAUGGGCGGGCUGAGCUACAUGAGAGGAGGUCUCGGAUGGACCUUCCGGGUUCCCCCUCCCGCCAGGCGUGCUCGUCCCAGCCUGCCCAGAUGUUGUCGGUGGACACGGGCCAGGCGGACCGGCAGGCCAGCGGGCGCAUGGACGUGUCCGCCUCGGUGGAGCAGGAGGCCCUGAGCAACGCCUUCCGCUCGGUGCCGCUGGCCGAGGAGGAGGACUUUGACAGCAAAGAGUGGGUUAUCAUCGACAAGGAAACGGAACUCAAGGACUUCCAUCCGGGCGCCGAGCCCAGCACGUCGGGCACGACGGACGAGGAACCGGAGGAGCUACGGCCCCUGCCCGACGAAGGCGAUGAACGCAGGCGGCCGGGGGCUGGGGCCGAGUCCGCCCCAGUGCGUCCGCGAGGGCGCAGCAUGCAGACUGUGGCCGAGGAAGACCUCCGGCAGCAGCAGCAGCAUCAGUUGCAGGGCCCGGCCGAGCCCGGCCUGCCUCCCACCCCGGGUAGCCCCUCACACUCCUCCCUGCACUCUGGACCCCGGCCGCGGAGGAGAGAGUCGGACCCCAUCGGCCCGCAGAGACAGGUGUUCUCGCUGUCAUCACCUCUUGAGGUGAAUGGCCUCCCUAGGGCUGUGCCCCUGAGCCUGCCCUACCAGGACUUCAAGAAAGACCUGUCUGAUUACAGGGAGCGGGCCCGCCUCCUGCAUAGGGUCCGAACGGUGGACUUCUCCCAUGUUGUCCUCAGCGUCCCUUGUCAGUCCGUGCCAGCUCCCAUCCAGCAAGAGGUCAACGGGAAGGGCCAGGAAGAGGAGAAUGAGGAAGAGGAAGAAGAAGAGGAGGAGGAAGAAGAAGAGGAAGAGGAGGAAGAGGAAGAGGAGGAAGAGGAAGAAGAGGAGGAGGAAGAGGAGGAGGAAGAGGAAGCAGCCUUGGGGCAGGUGCUGGGGCUGAGAAGUGACUCCAGCAGUGAAGCGAGCGAGAAGAGUACAGACAGAAGCCAAGAGGGAGCCCCAUCCACGUUACUCGCUGAUGACCAGAAGGAAUCCAAGGGCAGGGCAUCCAUGGCUGAUGGGGACCUGGAGCCAGAGGAGGGCUCCAAGACACUGGUGCUCUUCUCCCCAGGUGACAUGAAGAAGUCACCUGUCAUCACGGACCUGGCUCCCGAUCCUGACUUAGGCACCUUGGCUGCCCUGACCCCACAGAAUGAGCGGCCCCACCCCACAGGGAGCCAACUGGAUGUGUCUGAGCCAGGGACACUGUCCUCUGUCCUCAAGUCUGAACAGAAGCCCCCUGGGGCUGGUACUGGGGUGGGGCCAGCUGCAGGACCAGGGGGAGUUGUGGCGGCUGCCUCCUCACCCUUCACCAAAGUCGAGAGGACCUUUGUGCACAUUGCUGAGAAAACCCACCUCAAUGUUAUGUCUUCCGGUGGGCAGCCCCUUCGGCCUGAGGAAGUCACCCUUGGCAAUGGAGGGCUGGGCCCAGAGGCCAUCCUGGAAAAGGGCGUUGUUGAGGAGAGGCCCCUUGUUCCCUUAGAGAAUGGCAGUAUUCUGUCUGGGCUGGAUGGAGCAGAGACAGAGAGUUGUGCACUCUCAGUACCACCUGGGGAUGCACCCUCAGAAGUGGCUGGGGGCACUCUGCCCAAUGGCCUUCUUGCCCCCACCAAUGGGCAGCCCCCCACCAUCCCACCUGAGCCUGGUCUAUCUUCAGAGACUGGGGUCCCGGAGAAGACAGUCCCCGUGACCCUCCUUGGCUCCCGACCUCGGAGCCGUAUCCCCAUUCUUUUCUCUGAGGAGGACACAGGUUCUGAGCUGUCAGCCUCAGUCUCGGCCAAAGAACGGUGGUGUAAGCGGACACGGCAGCCUGACCUCGCCCGCCUGGUGAUGGAGAAGAGGCAGGGCCGCCUCCUGUUGAGGCUUGCCUCUGGAGCCUCAUCCUCAGCUUCAUCCAGUGAGGAACGGCGUCGGGCCUCGGAGACGCUGUCUGGCACGGGAUCUGAGGAGGAUACCCAUGACUCCGAUGACUCGGCCCCCAGGAAAGUGGAACGGGCUGUGGGCACAAGGAGCCGAAUCCCUCGCCCAGUCAGUGUGAGGACACCCACCCCGGUACAGCUCAAAAGCGGGGGGAGUCCCCAGAGGACACAACACCCCAGUGCCCCCAGCAGCAUGGUCCCAUCACCAGACACAGCCAUCACCAGCAGGCUCCAGCUACAGAGAUCCCCUGGGCCUCCAGCCACUGCUGACCUCCGCGCCAAACAACCUCCUGCCCACUCAAGCCCUGGCUCUGCCCCGAACCGUGCCAGUCCCCGCCGCCCCAGCCAUGUCCCUCCCUCCCGUGGCCCCGUCCUCCCUUCCGCCAGACAUCUCAGUGCUUCCCCAAGGAGCCAGUCUCUAACCCGGAGAGAGAGUCCCUCUCCCUCCCACCAGGCUAGGCCAGGUGGCACCCUACCACGGGGAGGCCCCCUGGCCAGGGCCCAGCCUCAGGCUCUGGGGCCUGGGCAGCCUGAAGGCCCCCCCUCACCGGGGGGCCCCAAGAAAGGACCAAGAGGGAAACUCCAGACUUUUAGCCCCGCAACCAAAGGCAGAGCAGGGGCCUCAGGGGCCUCAGAGGGCAAAACCGGGGCCAGAUAAUGAUGCCUAGCUCUCAAUCCAGUCCGGCUGGGUACACCCCCAACCUUCACUCCCCACCCCCCCGCCACCUUGGCCGGUGACACUGGAGCAACUCCCCCAGCACAGCCUUACAUGCCAGAUAUUUGAGCAACCCACCAACUCUACCAAUUCCCUCCCAAACACCCAC